UCUUAAAAAAAGUAGCUUAAUAGUUGACGAUUAAAGCUUAAAUCCUGAAGCUGCAUUAUAUUUCCUCUCCUCUUUUCUCUGACUGUUUCUCUUUAGUCCGUCUCACAUGACUGACAGUCGUCGCUCACAGCCGGUCUCCACCUUCAGACCAAGCUCCCGUAUUAAAGCUCCUUCCUCCCUCCAUCCUCUCCUGUGUUUCCUCCACCUGAGCCCCGGGGAAAUGGACUGCCAGGCGUACGAGCUCGACUCCCUGGACGUCCCGCCUCUCACUCCAACCAGUAAGGAGGUCCUGAGCCAGGCGGUUAAUGCCAGCUUCUCUGGCUUCGCUCAGGAGAUCAGCAACCACCAAUUUCCACAGGAUCCCAGCCUGUGGUCAGAAUGGGAGGUGAACCACUGGCUGGACUGGUGCCAGGCUGAGUUCGGUCUCCACUGCCUGGGCUCAGAUCUACGGGGUCUGCAGGGCAGCGAGCUGUGCGGGCUGGACAGGGAGACCUUCCUGGGCAUGACGUCCGACUGCACUGCAGGAGAGAUCCUCUGGGAGCAUCUGGAGACCAUGAGGGCAGAGAACGGACUCAGCUGCAGUUCUUCGUUCCCCAGCAGCAAAGCUCCGUGCUACUACCAGCUUCAGACUCACAGAGAAACCUUCUCAGACUUCAUCCAGGAUCACUGUGAUAAUCAGAAUUACCAGCUUCACUACAACGCAGCUGAAGGCACAAACCUCCACCUCCUGGAGCCGGCGGCCCAACAUGACGGAUACGGCCUGGUGAAAACAGAAGAUCCCAGAAGGAGCGUCAGUGCUGCUCUUCUGAUCCCAGACAGACACAUCAAUGGAGAAACCGGCUCAGAAAUGAGAGCUGUUCCCAGCAGAACCUCUGCCGCCGUCAGCUUCCUGGCCUGGACGGCUCCUCGGGGGGACCUGGACCCCCCGAUGGAGGAGAGUCUGCCCGACGACGCCUUCGUCUUACAGCGAAAACACGGCAGCUUCAAAGACUACGUGGGCGGCAAAACCGAGGCGGGCAAAGCUGUGAUACCGGCCGCCAUCUUAGCUGGUUACACCGGCAGCGGCCCCAUCCAGCUGUGGCAGUUUCUUCUGGAGCUUCUGACCGAUCGCAGCUGUCAGUCCUGCAUCAGCUGGACUGGAGAUGGAUGGGAGUUCAAGCUAACAGACCCUGACGAGGUGGCUCUGCUUUGGGGAAAGAGGAAAAACAAACCCAAGAUGAACUAUGAGAAACUGAGCCGAGGCCUACGCUACUACUACGACAAAAACAUCAUCCGCAAGACGGCGGGAAAGCGCUAUGUCUACCGCUUUGUCUGCAACUUGCAGGGCCUGCUGGGAUACGAGCCUGGGGAGCUGCACGCCAUGUUGGACAUCAACAGUAAAACCCACUCAGAGCGAGAAUAACCAGAGACGGAGACCAAGAACUAUUUUUUAUACGAUUAUUGGAUCCAGAAAAAGGAGGAAACAAAACACUGCAUAGCCAGACGAUGAAAGCUGGCAAAAAAUCCAAGGAAACAUGCAUUUAAGAUUCCAAACUCAUUAUUUUUGGGUUGAAUAGAAUAAUACUUCUACUGCCCUCAGAUGCUACAACAGUCCUCUGACUAAUGGCUGAAGUAUCGCCUCAAAUUAAAAUAUCAGGACAAAAAAGCCAUAAAGCAGCAGGCAGUCUGCUCUGUAUCCAGCUAGCUUCAGUUUGAUUGACUGUAGGUCGCUUUUGUCACCGCCUGAUAACGCCGUCUUUAGCCUUCUGUUGUCACCAAUUCCCUGAUUUGUAAAACAAAGUCAAUUAUCAAGGUUCUCCAAAUGCAAAUCCUUUCUUAAGCUAC